AAAGGAGGAGGUGGUUUGCCAGGUUGCUGUGUUGGGCUGUUUGAAUUUAGAGGGAUCAUGUCUGCGAGGAGACAGAUAGGGGAUCCCGAGAUUUUAAAGAAGAAGAUUCACCAGAACCCCAAAUACCAGCAUAUCAAAACAAGACUCGAUACAGGCAACAGCAUGACCAAGUACCUGGAAAGAAUAGAAGAAAUGAAGAGAAAUUACAGAUACAAGAAAGAUGAGCUUUUUAAGAGAAUUAAAGUUGCCACAUUUGCCCAGCUGGUCCUUCAGGUGGCAUCUUUAUCAGAAGAGAAUGAAGAUGACAUAGAAACCGAGAGGCUGCAGAUGUUGGGAGAUGGAGAAUCAGUUAUAUCAGAAUUAGAUAUAGAGAUCCCAACAGCACGAACCAAUGGGAAGGGGAGCCCUGACAGUGUUGCUUUAAGUCCAAUACAAUUCCUUGACAACUUAGGAACUGGCGAGCCUGCCCAGUCAGCACGGUCAACUCUGCAAAGUGUCAUUAGCGGUGUAGGGGAGCUAGACUUGGGCAAUCAGCCUAAGAAUAAAUCUACUAAAGAGCCGCAGAAAAGCCCCAGAUCUCUGGACAAGCCUUACUCAGACUGUCCCUUCCUUCUGCUUGAUGUGCGAGACAGAGAUUGUUAUGAACAGUGCCACGUUAUUGGAGCUUACAACUAUCCCACUGCAAUGCUUUCUCGAACAAUGAACCCAUUCACACCUGAAAUCCUGACGUUUAAAAAUGCUCACGGCAAAAUCAUUAUUCUGUAUGAUGAAGAUGAGCGGAUCGCUUCCCAGGCAGCCACCACCAUGUGUGAGCGCGGAUUUGAAAAUCUCUUCAUGUUAUCUGGAGGAUUGAAAGUCAUUGCACAGAAAUUUCCAGAAGGGCUGACAACUGGUACGUUUCCUGUCACCUGCCUGAUGCAGCCUGCCCAGCCUCGUAAACGGACAACGCCAAGAGAACCCGCCUUUCCUGCUGAGAACCGGUGGAGAUUCUCUACUCAGGAACUGCAGCAGAUCGAACAGCAGCUGGAGAAAAUGCUUAUGCCUAAAGACUCCAUGAGCCGCUACAGCCGACUGUCCACAGGAAGACUAGACUCAAAAACGCCCAGCUCACGGAACAGCCACAUUCCAUCGUCUGCCAGCUCGCUCAGCUCACGAUCUAUUCGCAGCAUCAGCCCACAUUCCAAGCCGUGGAAAUAGCUGUAGUAUUUUGUAUAUAAUAAACAGUUUUUUCGUCAUUCCAUCUUUACAUACUUUGUCAAGUAGAGCCAAUCAGUUUUCAUUCUCCAGCAGUAUUUCUAGACUAACCAAUGAUUCCACAGAGAAACAACCAUUUUAAAUCAAGUAGUGUGUUGUUUACAAUGUCUUUUUUAUAAUUACUGUGUAGAAAGAAAUGGUUUUAUUUCUACUAAUGUAGAAUGGCUUAGUACCUACUUGUCUCUGGCAUAAUGUAUUUGUGCUUUUGAGACUUAGUCAUAUCUGUGAAGGCAAGAAAUUAGGAAAGCAGACGGUUACUAGAGUGACUUUGAUACAGACCAUACAGUAAUUGAAUACGCCAUGAAUAAUGUCCAGUUUAUUUUUAAAAACUGUAUGGAGAAACAUGGAUGAAAAUACCACUUUUGUUGUAACUAUAGAAACGGUAUGAUGCAUUUCACAUCCAAUGGCGCUUACUAUGAUGUCAUCAGUCAUUCUUAUGUUGUCUUGUUAAGCAGCAGGCCAAUCUGCUAGUAUGGAGUAUAUUUCCGUGCUUCAUCCUUUAGAUUUGGUGAGAUCUGGACACUUUUUUUUCCUUUUUUUUUUCUGGGCAAGUAUUAGAAUUUGGGGUCACUAUUUUAAAAUUUCUUCAACAAGUGACAAAUAUUGGUUACUUACAGUUGAAAUGUGAUCCGCCAUAACAUGUCCAAGAAAUUUGUAUACUUAAAAGCAUCCCCUCUCUUGGAAAUACGUUUAUGACAAAACCAGAGUGCAAAAACGGGAACAAGGAACGCUGCCUCUACAGAUCAUUUGCAAGUAAACAAUUCUCCCUGCAGAGAAAUCAAUCAAAAACAUUUCUAGGUGCAGUUAUGAAAUUUUUUUGUUGAAUGUCAUUUGUACAAGAAUCUGUUAGUUGUCCAAAUACCCUUUUAAAUAGACAAAUCAAUUUUAGGACCACUGUGUUCCUCAGUUGUUCCAAAGAAAUAUGGCUUCACACAGCCCAAAUGUUCUACUCUGAUACUAUAUACCAAAAUAAUAUUAUCUUUAAUUUUUGUGUGCAGUGAAGUACAAACCAGACUGCGGACCUACAAGGAAGAGGCCAAGUAGACACCGGUCUAUCUGCAAAGCCUAGUGUUUGCUUUCCCUGCAUGACGGUGACAUAUAUAACUAUGGAAGGCUAGACACCUCCUAAUAAAGUAAUGGUCCAGCUAAUCUACAUGUUUUCCUGAAUUAGUAUCUCUUGUACAUAGUUAUCAGUUGUUCUGAUAUGGAAAGAUCAUUAUGAUGAAUAUUUGAGUUUUCUUCCGUAAUGAAUUAUUUGUAGAUCAAGGGUCCAAUGAUUUCUCUGUUUGUAUAAAUGCCCGUUUGUUUGAGGCAGGUGAAACCCGCAGUUGUUAUAAAGUAACAUUUAAAAGGAUAUUAGUCAUUUUUUUUAUAUGUGAAUAGUAUGAGUCAGUUUAGUAAUGCAAAACAUCUGCAUACGUAAAAAAGAAAAGUAAUUGUGUUAGCAUAACUUGCUUUGUUUUAUAUCCAAAAGCAGGGUCAGGCAAUUUGCAGCAUACUUAGACAUUAAACAAUAAAUAAUUGAUAGAAUGA